AUGAUACAGGAUCCAAAUCCGACUCAGGACCCUGAGGUUGUAGAGUCAGAUAUUCGACAAGACGAAAAAAUUUUGGAGACUAUCAGCAAUCCACCUCCAGAGCUUCUUGUAUCUCAAGACCCUCAAACCCAUCCACCUGGUCAGGCGCUUCACCAUUAUCCGAUUCCAACUAAUGGUCAUGAGGUUGUAGAGUCUGAACUUUGCUUGGAUCCUAUCAUAAAAACACCUCCAGUUUCAAAUCGACCUCCCAAAAGAUCAAUUGGUUUGGGCGCUUCCGCAGAAGAGCCAGCCCUUCGACCACGAUUAGAAGAUAGUCAUGAAAGUAUGUAUACACCUACGUAUGAACAUAAUCCAAACUACCACCAUGACAAUGUUUACUACUACUAUAACAAUGCCCACACCUACGAUAACAACACCAACUACUCUCAUCGCAAUCAGAACUACAACAAUCACGAUGCAAACACCUACAGUGAAAACAUCGUCCCCUUGAAUCACAAUCUGAUCUACUCGAAAGACUAUCCAAUACCACUGCCACAAACUCAUCUUCAAAGCUACGGAAACGAGGAAAACUAUCAAAAGAACAUAGAAAAUAAGGAGAACUACUACGAUCACAUUCAAAUGCCACAACGUGAUUUUUCAAACUACUUAGGUGAGGGCAGAGUAAAUUACGGUGAUCAGAAUCAAGAGGAAAAAUAUCAAAAGAACGGAGAAAUUAAUGAGAACUACUAUAAUCACAAUCGAAUACCACAACGUGAUAAUCGAAACUACUUAGGUGAGGUCAGAGUAAAUAAUGGAGAUCUCAAUCGAAUGUUACCACCUGAUCGUCAAAACUACACUAACGAGGAAAAUAGAUCCUAUAGUCAAUACUACACAGAACAUUGUGACUAUGAAAACUACGCUCAUCUUAGAAGUGACAAUCAAAACUACCGCGAUUAUCCAAACUAUGAGACCACCGACCACACUCCUAUGCAAACUCAAAACCAUCCUUCUAACCAACAACAUCUUCAAAACUACGCUGAUCAUGAAGACUUCAACUACUCCACUCAAACUUCCAAACAUCAAAAUGUUUACUACAACACCUAUCAUCAUCACUACCAUUCACAAGUUCCACCCAAGCAGCAUUAG